GCUGCCUGCCUGAAGGCUUGCUCGGAUGUGAGCUAGGCUGUCAGUCCUUUGGAUCACAGACAGUAGACCGUGGUAUUUACCAGCUUCAGGAAGAUCAGGCUGCUGGAGUUUUUCCCCCUGUACUAACCAGCCAGUCAGACUGGGCACUUACUGUCUGAGCUAUUGUCUAGGAUGAGUUUUACUGGUAAAACUAGAUGAGUCCUAGACUAUUAAGGGGCCUGUUUAUACUGACUUUAUUUUGAUUGUCGGCCAUCAAGUGGGACAAGGAAAUCACAUUCUAAGAUGGCGGAUGAAUUCUCACAAGUUGGAAAGGAAAACGGCAGCGAGCAGGUGAGAAGAAGCCAGGUCUCUGGUCCAUGCUCACAGUUCCAGAGAAGUUUCAUCCAGAGAGUAACGUUGCUGGGAAAGCUGCCCACCAGCUUUGUCCUCCGUCGAGAAAAGAAACAGAAGGUUGCUGCUAUACUAGGGAUUGACCAAGAAGCCAUGAAGUCUCUUCCAGAGGGAGACUUACAAGAUUCCCUGCUGAGUAAGGUGGACCUGAGGCGCCAGCAGAUUUCCCAGAGUGUGGAGGAAGUGCAGAAAGUUAUUCACCACCUGACAGCAGAGAUCAGCCUCCAGGACAGUCGAUUCCAAGCCGUGCCUGCCUCUGUCACGUACAAUGACAGCAUUAAGGUUUUGGCCCCCAACCUGUUCCACGUCACCAUCCCUCUGAAAGGCCUUGCAGGGUACAAGGGGGCCAGGACACAGCGCUGGCGGUACUACAGCCUGCAGGGCACCAAGCUCACCUGCCCUUUGCGGGACCCUGAGGGCCUACAGCAGUGGCUGGAGACUGAGCAGUUCAUGAAGACCCUGUGGCAGUGGCACCAGGCAGAUGUGAACAUAGAGGGGGACAUUGUGCCUGCCAAAGUCCUCCAAGUGUUCCGGACGCUGGUGGAAAAUGCAGUGAGAACCUGUCACCUCUCAGGCAAGGUCAGUGUGCUAGCAAACCGAACUGCUGUUUGGGUUGCCAUAGAAACGUCCACUGGCCAGGUAGAGAUGGAGCUGGCCCCUACUGUGGAGAUCCCCACAGUCUGGUCUGAGAAAGCCCAGUGGCCUAGGUGUUUGACGCGGUGGCCGUCCCCGGACAGAGUGGAGUGCAUCAAGUCUUUUGGGUUCAAUUUGGUGGCCCGGUCCAGCUAUCAUUGGCAGCUGAGUUUCCCGCAGGCGGAACAGGUGCUAUUUGAGCAGUUGGAUGAGGAUGGGGGCUGCCGCAGACGGUGCUUUCAGGUCCUGAGGCAGCUGAAGGAGGAUGUGUGGUGUCCAGGGAAGAGGCCAGUCAUCACCACCCACCACCUGCAGACAGUGCUCUUCUGGACUUGUGAGAAAUACCCACACCUCAAGGACUGGCAGGUCUUUCAUCAGGCUCUCCUGCGCCUGGCCCGGAAGCUGCACAGAUGUGUGAGCCAGCACUUCCUGAAACAUUACUUUGUCCCAAAGAGCAACCUCCUUCAGUCAGCCAACCCAAGUGAGCUGGAUGCCGUGGCCCAGAAAGUGGCCUUCUUCCUAAAGAACCCUCAGGUCACACUGCCCUGAGGCGGCCCAGGGAGCCCUGCUUCAUUCCUUUCUCCUGACCUCAUUCUCAGGGUGGCUCCUCUGCCAGCUGCCGGACCUGUGCUGACAGAGGCCACCAAAGCGGGCCAGCAAUUCCCUCGUCAGAGGCAAAUGCUCCUGCCCUAGGCCACACAAGCAUUUCACCUUCCCUACCUCUCCUGGGGACAGCUUUCAUCCUGCUUCCCCAAGUGACCGAUUUUCCUUGCUCAGGUUCUUAUUGUCUGCCAAGGGGACUGGAGAUGGGCUCUGGGCAGGCCAGAUAGUAGCUUGCUGUUGGAGACUACUCGAGCUGGCUGGACCAGGACUCACAUACCCAGUGGGUAGUGUCUCUUUAGGACUCUCUGUUCUCCAGCGCCAAGCUGUGGCCAGCAAUCCAGGCUCGCGAGCUGUUCUGGUGUACCUCUCUUGACUGUAUGGAGUCAUCGUGAGGGUUUAGUGCAAAUCCAAGAGAGGGGUGUAGCUGGGGCUCUGCUCGUCACCUGACUCUAGUCCCAGCCCUGUCUGCCACGGUCAAGGCUAGAACUUGGCUUCCACUUCAGGAAUAAGCUCCAUGCUUGGCCUUGCAUGGACCCACAGCCUUGUCAUUCACGUCUGGAUGUCUUCCUUAGCUCGGUCCGUUCACUCGCUUGCGGACACAUAAACACUCGCUCGGCACUGAGAAUGCCAGAGAGAGCAAGACAUGCUUCCUGGAGAAGACUGGAAGUGGACAGCAGAUCGGUGAACUCAGAAGUCUGCUAGAAAAAGGUCACAGAGAGAUUCCAAGGGGGACAUUUGGACAGCUAAAAGGGACCAGAAUGGUGACCUCAGGCAGGCUGGGCUGGGUAGGCAUGGGGCCCUGGCUGUGGAAAGCUGGGGAGGAAUUGGUACUACUGUGUUCUGGGACCAAAGGUGCAGCGUUGACCUCCAACAAGCACACUUCAGAUGAUGGCUCUGGUGACAGUGGCCUCUGCACCUCUCCAUUCUGAAGGGUACCGAGGCUCACAGCAUCACACACCUGCACGCAGUGGGGGGGGGGUUCCAGGUGCUCUCAGAAUAGCUGCUUUUGGCAUUUCCUUAAUGUGUCUCAACUCCGGGGGAUCCUUUGCGACAUUUGAACAUCCUGCUGUAACAAAUAUGCUUAACAAGGCAAUAUUUCUAAAAGCACAAACCACUGGUUUGGCGACUUUGAAGAUGCCUGUGUGUCGAGGAUUGAACCUGACCUUUGACACACGGAGCAUAUGCCCUGCCAAUGAGCUAGAUGGACUUUAUUUUGAGGCUGGAUCUCACUAAGUAGCCCAGGUUGGCUCUAUUUUUAUUAGUUUUUUAUUAGAAUAUAUGAGUUAUACAUAACGAUUGGUUUCAUUGUGAUUUUUCAUGUGUAUAUGAAAUGUUGUGUAUGAAUGUGUAUGCAUGUGUAUAAACCAAUGACUUUAAUAAGGGUUCCGUUCAGGAAUGUGGGCAACUUUAGUGGUUAUACCACUGAAGAUAAUGCUCCUCUAGACCCCACCAACCAUUAACUUGUGAUCAUUUCCUGUCCAUGACGGAGUGCCCAUGAGUCCAGUCUCGUCUGAGUGACCACGGGCUCUGCGAGUUCAAGGGUACAAUUGCACUACUGUGGCUGAAGACAGCAGCCACAGCACUCCACCAUUCCAUCAGCUCUUGCCUUCGUCCCCAUGACACUCCUCAAGCCUUUUUGCAGAGGGUGACAAAGGUGUCCCAUUUAAGGUUGACCAUUCAGCAGCCACAGCUUCCCAGCAUGCUGGCAGUCACUUCUGACCACUGCAAAAAGCAGCUUCCCCAGCGACCGCUGACGUCAGAACAAUCCACACUCAUCAACAUGAAUAUUUUGAAGGCAUCUUGCUAGACAUAUAAUGGCUGCUUCACAAAAACCAGCAGAGGCUCCCCUCUAGGGCCUAUCCUGUCUCCGGCUGUAAGGUUUUGACUGGGUUUACAGCCAAAGAUGUGGAUUGAAUCCUAAGAAGCAGGCCUCAAGUCCACAAAGCUACUGAUUUCCGUCACCCAUAACAGUCAUGCCCCGAUUAAACCAGUGGGUAUAUCUUGCCUGGAAGGUAGCUCACGGGGUCUACAGUGGAGGAAUACCGUUUGUGACAAUUGUCCUUAGCAGCCUGCAUAGCACUUUCUAGAACAGCCAUUAGGGAAAAGCUUCCGGCCUAGGGCCCAGCUUAAUUCUCUGUCCUAGAAACAGAUUGGGCAACAGGGUCUUUCCAUCUGCCUCUAGUGGGCAUCCAAGCAGCAGUGGCAGUAGCUUAGGUCAGCUUUGAGCAGUAACUCAGGUGAGCUUUGAACUUGCAACCCUCCUGUUUCAGCUUCCCAAGUAGCUGGAAUUAUAGCCCUGUCCACCACUUCUGAUUUUGUUUUGGUGAAAAUCAAUAUCAUUUUUCAAAAGUACUGCAACCGGAUGGUGGGAUUCCCCAAGUUUUCACACAGUAAAUCAGUUUUUAAAAAGUUGAAAACCUGCCUUAUUGAACUAACUUCAUAUUUUGUUUUGUUUUUUUGGAAGCAUGAAAUGAUUAGCAAACCUAUGCUCUGUUUUAAUCAUUAAGACUUGCCUUCUGAUCAUCAUGUUCUCUGAUCACCAGAAGCUUUUAUUUUCUCUUUUUGAGAAGGCAGCAGCUGUAACAAGGAGGUUUUGUUUCUGUUUCUCUUUCUAAGAUGUAAAUGUCUUAAGAAAACAUUAAAACAGUCAUGCACUCA